AUGUUUAACAUAUUCAGAAUAGCCGCGGACCUCACUCACUUAUUAAGUAUAUACUUUUUACUGACAAAGAUCAUUAGCCACAAAAAUUGCAUGGGCGUCUCUCUUCGCUCACAAAUAUUGUUUUGCAUUGUGUGGGUCACUCGCUACAUCGAUUUGUUUAGCAACUUCUAUAGCAUCUAUAACACUGUGUUAAAAGUUGUGUAUUUAGCAACGUCAUUCUACACCAUCUACUUGAUCUCAAAGCGCUUCAGGUCGACGUAUGACAAGGUCCACGACACAUUCAAUAUGUGGUACCUCAUCAUCCCAUCAAUCGUCCUUGCUUUCAUCUUCCCAGAACAAUACACACUUAUGGAAAUCUUGUGGACCUUCUCUAUUUUCCUCGAAACAGUCGCAAUCCUCCCACAAAUCUUUUUGCUCUCCGUCACCGGCGAAAUCGAAAACUUGAACUCAAAAUAUAUCCUUUGUUUGGGAAUAUAUCGAGCUCUUUACAUCGCCAACUGGGUGUUCAGAUACGCUACAGAAGACUCUUAUUGGAGCCCACUCGUCUGGGUCUGCGGAAUUGUCCAGACGGUGUUGUACGCAGAUUACUUCUAUUAUUACAUCAGAAGCCACAUCAGCGGGACGAAGUUUGUCUUGCCUUAA